GGGUAUGUAUACAUUUUGCAUUUAAAAUUUGAAAGCUAAUUUGGUUUAUGUUUGUCUUGGUAAUGAGAAUCAGGUUUUUAAAAAUGGCUUCUGGUCAUGUCUGCAGAGCUGUGGCAGAAGAGUUGUGUGUGCUCAAGGUGUCUGAAGUGAAUUUAAGAUCAGGUUCGGAAAUGCUUACAAUAUGCAAUGACUUAUUAUACAUUUGACUACAGAUUCCAAAAUAGGAUGUAAUAUAACACCAAACAUAUGUGGGUGUGUUUUUAAAUAUCUCUAAAAUGGUCAUUUGUACUAUAUGCUCAGAAAACUACUUCCCCUGCUAAAAUGAUUGACUUUAUGGAGAUAACGACAGCCUGGCUAAUCUGUUUUGAUUUCAAGAAGUUUCAUUGUGCUGAAGUAUGGGCUGCAUUGCCAGCCACUUACCAGCUCCUCACAAGAGGAAAUCACUUCCUUCCUUGUUGCCUGAUCCCUGUGAUGUAGAAGUCCGCCGAACAAUAUAGAGGCCAGCUGGGUCCCGAGACCCAGUGAGAUAUACUGCCGGCCUUCUGCGCUCCUCUACAUUAGUCUGUUUUUGAACAAGUGUUGUCGUUAAGAGCAGAAAUCAUGGUUCCGGAAACUGCCUUGUCUAAAAACCAAACUAACACUCAUACCACUGUAACACCCUCCAUAGCUUUUAACACAACCACUACUGCUGCCCCUGACAUCAUUACCCAGUGGCUCAACAAGAUCCCAUUGCCGAGAUGGGCCAUUUAUGCAAUAGCAGCACUGAUUGCUCUCGUCUUUGUGAUCUGCCUCCUGUGCAUUUGCGUAAAGUGCUGCUGCAGAGGGAAGAGGAGGAAGAGGAAGAAGGAGAAGGACGAGCAGAUCAGCUUGAAGAGUGUCAGCGGAGCCACCACAGCCGCACUGGUGCAGCCGGAUGUGGAUGAUAUAGACUACGGUUCAGCAGAAAAACCAAAGGGAAGACUGCUGUAUUCUCUGGAAUACAAUACACAGAGCACAGAGCUCACUGUAGGUGUGAAGGAGGCAGCAGAGCUAAAAGCCAUGGACCUUGGUGGUACGUCUGACCCCUAUGUCAAACUCUACCUGCUUCCCAAUAAGUCAAAGGUAUACGAGACCAAAGUGUUCAGGAAAACUCUCAACCCGGUCUUCAACGAGCAGUUCAAAUUCCAGGUACCUCAUUCUGAGCUCAAUGAAUCGACGCUGGUAAUGCAAGUUUACGACUUCAACAGAUUUUCUAAACAUGACAUCAUUGGGGAGCUGAGACUGCAGCUCAGCACUGUUGACUGGAAUCAUGUGAUUGAAGAAUGGAAAGACUUAAAUGAGGCAUCCAAAUUUGAGCAAGAAAACCUUGGCGAUAUCUGCUUCUCUUUGCGCUAUGUUCCUACUUCCAGCAAACUGACCGUUAUCAUUCUGGAGGCUAAGAACCUGAAAAAAAUGGACACAGGAGGUUUAUCAGAUCCCUAUGUUAAGGUGCAGUUAAUUUUGGACAAGAAGAAGUGGAAGAAAAAGAAAACAACACUGAAAAAGCAAACAUUAAACCCAUACUUCAAUGAAUCUUUCACCUUUGAAGUGUCAUUUAAUCAAAUACAAAAAGUUCAGUUGGUGAUCUCUGUGUGGGACCAUGACAAGAUGACUAAAAAUGAAGCAAUUGGCAAGAUUUUCCUAGGCUGUGAUGCCACAGGAAACCAGCUUCGCCACUGGGCAGACAUGCUGUCUAACCCUCGGAGACCAGUAGCCCAGUGGCACUCCUUGCAGUCCGCAGAGCAAGUUGAUUCUACCUUGGCAUUGAAGCACACCUUGAAAAUACCAUUUGCAAACAAAAACUUUUAAAGACGGUAGUAGUUCAGGUGGGGAGCUGCGUCAGCAUGCGUAGGCUGCAAAGGAACAAGUAAUAGGUUUAUUCCAUGCUGAAAAAAAGAAGAAAGAGAACACACUUUUAAAGACUUGUAGUAUAUUCAAUGGUUUAAGCACAUUGUGCCAUAACAGAUGUCUGUAGGUUUCACUUAUAUUAUUGCUGUCAACAUUACGGCAAAGAAGCACAUGUUACAAACAAAAUAAUAUACAGUCUGUCUGUCAGCAAGGUGCACAACUGAUUCAAGAGAGCACUUGUCCUGUAAUGUGCUCUUAAUUUAUCUUAACUUUACCAAAGGUGACUGACAGAAGGAUUCCUAUGUUGCUAUCAUAAAUGAGCACUUUUAAUCUUAAGUUCCUUAUUAGUUUUUUAGUUCCGUUCAUAAUAUACUUUUUAAUUUAAAUUCAAACUGUAGUUUGUGUUAUGUGUACACACCCUUAACUUUCUUCAGUAUAGAACAUUUCAAGGUGAGAUAAAACCCAGUACUUGACUAAACAGAGGUAUAGAGAAUCUUUAAAAAUAUUCACUUUGUUGGAUGGUAAUUUCUGUUUGCAAUGUCAAUAGUACACAUACUGUAUGGAAAGGCACUUGCACUAUUACACUAAGAGGGUGUCAGGGGUAAUUAUGUUGAAUGCAAAGGUUAAUAUAUUUCAUAUUCAUUUGCCAUCGAUUGUAGAUUCUCACAACAGAGCCUGUUAAUAAAAUCUAUGCAACAAAA